AUGAUCCCAGCAUGUUUCAGCCAACCAAACAGUCCCUCAUCAUCACCCAACUCACAACUCCCUUCUCAAAACCUCGUAACAUGCAUCUACCAAACCCUAUUCCUCGACUCACCAACUCACCUCACACUCACCUGGUCUAAAACACCACUCUCCCAUUCUCUCACCAUCUACGCUGCAGACUCCUUCUCCAUCACCAUCUCCCUUAACCCUUCAAGCUUCUCCUUUUUCAGAACCCGACCCGCCUCCAAAUCCAUCUAUCUUACCCACCACCAGCACUACAGCAAGAUCAAGAUCUACUGGGACUUCACUCGCGCCGUCUUCACCCACAACUCGGCCGAGCCCGACUCGUGCUUCUACGUCGCAGUUUCAUGCAAUGCCAAGCCGGAGUUCUUCCUCGGCGAUCUCCAAGACGAGUUGAGUCGGAGGACCGGAUUGGUUGUCCCCGCUCGGAAAAUCGGCGAGCCAACUCUGCUGUCUCGGAGAGAGCAUGUGUUUGGACGCAGGAGUUACGUGUCCCGGGCGGAGUUAUUGGGGUCCAAACACGAGAUAGGAAUAGAGUGUAGCGGGGGAGCGUUGAAAGUAAAAGUGGAUGGGGAGACGAGACUUGUUGUCAAAAGGCUGGCGUGGAAAUUUAGGGGGAAUCAGAGAAUUUUUGUCGGGGGCACCGAGGUAGAAUUUUUCUGGGACGUAUUUAAUUGGGUUCAAAAUAACAAUAAAAACAAGAUUGACACAAGUAGUAAUAGUUACGGAGUAUUUAUUUUUCAAAUCGGAGAUGGAGGGGUAUGGCCGGAAAUGGUAGGUCCGGAGAAAAAAUUGAUGAAGAAAAGCUUAUCGGCAUUGAAACCUAAUAAUGCAUCUUCGUUGUCGUUGUCGUCAUCGUCCCCGUCUGGCUCGAGUGUGUUGCAGUGGGCUGAGGAGAGCAGUGAUGGUGGAAGGAGUUCAUGUUCUUCAUCAACUAGGUCUUGUGGGAGCAAUGGAGGGUUCUCUUUGUUGUUGUAUGCUUGGAGGAAGGAUUAA